AUGACCAAAUCCAGCAGGGCGUUUUUCAUGAAAAUACGGUGGAAAGAUGAUGAGCAAACGUUCGUUGGAGUGGGGAUAGCUCUGUUGAUUUCAGGAACGAUUUGUGUCCUGUACGGGUACUUGGCGUCUAGAAACAACAACCAAUAUCUCAAGUACAACUCGUACCACAAACUCCUUGAACAACAACAUUUUUUAAAUUCCAUCGACAAAAUGAGAAUUAACGAAGAAAUGGAGGCAGAAGUUGAGAGGAACCUGGAGAUAUGCAAGCUGGUGGGCCUAAUUUUGUUCUGCUUUGGGGGACUUACUCUUGCCGUGGCUCUGAUGAUUCCCAGCUUUCUCUAUCGAUACUUAGAUGAAGAAGAGGAAGACGACGACGAAGAUGAAAAGUUUUUAAGCGAAUUCAACGAAAAACGACAACAGCAGUUGCAGUCCAUCAAAAGCAACAACAACUCCGCAUUCAAAAUCUUUCCAGCCACUGACUCCGAAAGUGCCAAUGCAGAAAGAUCAAGCAUACCGAUGCUAACUCACGUGGCUGAAAUUCAACCGAUCAAAGAGAGCAGCGGUGGAAUUAAGAACGGAGCAUUCGAUUAG